AAUUGGUUUAAACUAACAUUAAGAUGAAGAUUAAACUGUUGAAAUGACCAAUGACCGAAGAAAGUGAUUAGUUUAAUUGGAGACAAAAACAUAAAGUGAAACGAUGAGUUUGUUCAAUUUGGAUUAAGUGAUCAUCCGAAUCCAUUUGAUUCCAUCAAGUUGUUUUAUUCUUUUUUAAAUUUUAUUCUAUUCUUUUAUUGUUAUUUCUUCUCUCUUCUGUGCUUAUUAAACAAAGUGACACCUGUUCUUCAGUUAAAAAUGCCCCUCAAAUUGUCGCGAAUCAUCAACAAUCAACGAGACAAGAAGCAACCAUUUCCGUGUCCGCCAUCAUAUAAAAGAUUCAAAGAAAGGAAGAGUCUAAGUGUCCGAAAGGCUGAAUAUGCCACCUUAAAGGCCAAAUUCCCGAACAAAGUGAUGGUGGUGGUUGAAAGAUACGCCAAAGAACGUUACCUUCCCCUUAUCGACAAGACCAAAUUCUUGGUGCCCGAAGAUCUUUGUGCCAGUAAAUUAAUGAUGAUUAUUCGCUCCCGAAUGGACCUUUCCAACACUCAAGCGGUUUACCUGAUGACCGCUAAUAGGACUAUGAUCAACAUGACGAAAACGUUAGCUGAGAUUCACGAUCAAUUCAAAGAUGAAGAUGGAUUUGUUUACAUUACCUACGCCUCUCAAAAUGUGUUUGGUUAAAACCAAGAAAUUUGUUAUUUAUGGACAAUUAAGGAUUAACUCAAUGACGAUUAAACAAAAUAUUCAUUGAA